GAGGAAUGACAUCUUUCUUUGUGCAAUUUCUGUCAGCUUGCUCAUGAAGAAUCCCGUUAUUUGGCUUUUGUAAUCAAUCUAACAAAGGCUUUGACUAUUUAGGACAUUACUUACAGUUAGUAUAAUACGCGUAAAAUUAUAAAGAGCUGACAUUCAACAAACUCAGUUUUCGCGAGUUAUUUUGGUCGUAACAAAUUAUCGAUUUUACUUCGUGUGUGAUAUUGCACUUUUAAGCUGUUUAUUUACCAGUGAAUGUGUGCUACUGGCACCAAAGCAGCAAGAUUUUUUCCUCGCAGUCACACCCAAGAAUAAGCCGUGUCUUGGGGGAAGAGCACCCCGGGCACUACGGUGGCCCCCGACACCCCCGCCCCGGCACCCCAGCCUCCGGGGGUGCUGGACAUGACGGCCACGGAUAGCGUGCGGUUCAGCGGCCACACGCUCGACAAGGCCACCAAGGCCAAGGUCACGCUAGAGAACUUCUACACCAACCUCAUCACCCAGCACUAUGAGAGGAAACAAAGACUUGAAAAGUUGGAGGAAUCGCUCAAAGAUGAAAGUCUGACAGAGACGCAGAAGCAAGAGAAGAGACAACAACAUGCUCAGAAAGAGACGGAAUUCCUGCGACUGAAGCGGUCACGCCUCGGCGUUGAGGACUUUGAACCACUCAAGGUGAUCGGUCGAGGAGCGUUCGGGGAGGUUAGAUUAGUACAAAAGAAAGACACUGGACACGUCUACGCAAUGAAAAUCCUUAGGAAAGCUGACAUGUUGGAGAAAGAACAGGUGGCACACGUUCGCGCCGAACGCGACAUCUUAGUCGAAGCCGACCACCAGUGGGUGGUGAAGAUGUACUACAGCUUCCAGGACCCGAUGAACCUGUAUCUCAUCAUGGAGUUCCUGCCCGGAGGCGACAUGAUGACGCUGCUCAUGAAGAAGGAUACGCUGAGCGAGGAGUGCGCCCAGUUCUACGUGGCUGAGACGGCGCUGGCCAUCGAUAGCAUACACAAACUCGGGUUUAUACACAGGGACAUAAAGCCAGACAACCUGCUCCUGGACGCUCGCGGGCACAUCAAGCUGAGCGACUUCGGGCUGUGCACGGGGCUGAAGAAGAGCCACCGCACUGACUUCUACCGGGACCUGUCGCGCGCGCAGCCCUCCGACUUCAUCUUCAACAUACACCAACAGCACAAACAUCAUUCCACAGUCUCCUUCUCCGUGUCCACGUCAUCAUCAGCCAUGGACUCUAAGCGGCGUGCGGAGUCGUGGAAGCGUAACCGACGCGCGCUGGCUUACUCCACUGUUGGGACUCCCGACUACAUCGCGCCCGAGGUGUUUCUGCAGACGGGGUACGGACCCCAGGCUGAUUGGUGGAGCUUGGGAGUCAUCAUGUACGAGAUGCUGAUUGGCUACCCGCCGUUCUGCUCGGAGUCCCCCCAGGAGACGUACCGCAAGGUGAUGUCGUGGCGCGAGUCACUGACCUUCCCGCCCGAGAUCCCCAUCAGUGAAGACGCCAGGGAGACCAUACUGCGGUUCUGUUCCGAGCCCGAUCGCAGGCUGGGCUCCCAGCGCGGCAUCGACGACGUGAAAUCCGUGAACUUCUUCCGCGGCGUGGACUGGAGCCACGUGCGCGAGCGCCCCGCCGCCAUCAGCGUGGAGGUGCGCUCCAUCGACGACACCUCCAACUUCGACGACUUCCCGGACGUCAAGCUUGAGAUACCGGCUGCCCCAAUACCUCAGGACGGUGAGGUCGCAUACAAAGACUGGGUAUUUAUCAACUACACGUUCAAGCGGUUCGAGGGCCUCACCCAGCGUGGGACGCCCACCAAGAAGUGAACCCACUCGCUCCCUUAACAUAUUAGAUAUAAAGUCACUACCUCCCAUCCAUAUCGACAAAUCGAAACUACUUCCGACCGUACCGAAAGCUGUUCCACUCACGCAACGAUUACAAAUAAGUGAUAUCAAAUUAUUCGUCAGUAUUUUGUUUAUGGUUUUUUUUACGACAAAUCAAUGUAAAGUUUAAAUUAAACGGUUGAACCAGUUGUUUAUGUUAUUUUUUUGUUUUGUUGAUAAUAUCAAUAGCAUUCUCGUAUGCUUAUUUAUAAUCACAAAAUUUAUCACUGAUUUGUAAUCCUUCCGUGUGUCAAUAUUUAUUGCACCGAAGUGACAAACAUUGCUUAGACCUUAGGCCGCACACUUUGGGACCACUCGAACUAUCGUGCUUAACUUCUGACUUCGGGUUUCGCCUGUGUGGCCACACUUAAUUGGGCCCAUAGACACGCUGCGUAGCAGACGUGUAGCAAUAAUGAAGGGCCACUUAUUUUUGAUAUGUAUUGGAGUAACGAGCUUUUUAUAAAAUGAGACUAGCGAGUCUGGUGACCGCUUAUGAUAAUCACGACAGUGUGGCCACGCAUGCUCCCUCAAGAGCGAAGCACGAAGUUAUAUCAAACGGUAUCGUCCCCGAGUGUACGGCUUGACAUCACAACAAUAGUAUGUGUAAAUCGAAACACACUGCCGCAAGCGAUGUAGGGUAUGACGCAUCUAUUUAUUGUAGUGAUAAGGAAGUGAAGCGAAAAAUAUAUAUUUGUUUACGGGGAUUGGGCUAUUGGAUGCGAUAGGUAUAUGCGAAAAUAACUAGAUGUUCAGGGAGCAACGUGAAAUUUAGUUUUUUCUUUACGUUGAUGUUUGCAUUUUGCGUAGGUAGGUUUAAUUUUGAUGUUGGAAAUGUUGCAUUGCAUUGUUAUGAUUUAUGUGUGCAUAUCGAAAGAGCUCUGCUUCCUAUUAGUGUAGUAUAGACCAUUUUGGCGUACAAAAAUUUCAACAACUCUAAACUGGAAUUUGGAAAUUAAUUUCAUUUAUUUAUCAAUUAAUAAAUAAAGUAUUGCUAAAGAGUAUGUCAGGCAAUUCACAGGAGCCAGCAAUGAAUAUGUAUGACUUUAUUCUAAUAUAUUAAUUUAAUGAAAAUUUUACUAAUCUAUCACAAAAUGGUGUUUACUUUAUGAUGAAGAACAUCUUACACAAAUGUAUGGGGGCCAAAGCCACGUUUGUAACUGAUUAUAUUUUUUUCCUGAGCACGAUUCGACCUAUUGACCUUUAUUAACCGGUAUUAACAUAGUGUAGUGAUAGAAAUGUUUAAUCGCAGCACUUUCCUGCAAAUUUGAGUAGUGACUUUGUUCCAAUAUUGGUUCAUGCAGAUUAAAAUGCGUUGCGUCGUCCCAAAGUAGCGGUCUUAAAAAUAUAUGGUAGCGACGACGCGACGCACCAAUGUGGCCUCGCCCUAAGUCGACCCAGAGUACGGACCGUAUGCACCGUCGGAUCGCUGCACAAAACUCGCUAGUAUGUAUUUUAUAUGACAAUGCGGGCUUCUAAGCCCGGCAAGCGUGUGAUAGUUCAUAUUUUGUACCAUACAUUGUAGCGACUAUUGCUCUGCGGCCCGACAUAAUGUGCUAAUUAAACUCCUUAUGACUCAGUUUAUGUAUUUGACCCUUAAAAUCGAACAUAAGGCUGUGUAGUUAAAUCUGACCGGUAAGAAGUGUUCAUAUUUUGUUGCGGAUUUAAAUGCAAUAUCGGUCAUAUCGGUUCAGUUUAGAAAAAUAAAUAUCCUCUAUUUCAUAUUAAACUACUGUAAUCAAGAUGUAUAUUUGGAAAUGCUUGUUUACACAUGGUUUACACAGUAUGUAUUUAUAAAAGUAUGAGAAAUAUCUAUGCACUACUUAUACUAUAAUUAUAUUUAUUUAUUCUACUCUUAUGACAGAUAAAAUCGAUUAUGAGUUGGUUUAUUUGCAAUAGGAAUCCGUCCAAGAUAUUGAUUUACUAUCACAAAUUAUAAUUGUUCUUUCUACAGUGUAUGCUUGCACAGAAAAAUGCUUAAUAUGAAGUCAACUAAAAUCAGAACAGCAGUAAUUCUGUUCUUUCCGCAUUCAUUAUUUUAUUGCAUCGGAUUUUUUGACAAUGUUCAAGCGAAUUUAGCAAAAAAUACACCACAUAUUUACAAUUACAUAUAACGUACAUCACAUGUAAAUUAGGCGAAGCAUUAUUUAAAAUGAAAUAGUAAGUAAAUAAAUUAUUACGGGGAUUUGUAACCUCAUCAUAAAACUAAAAAUUAAAAAGGCAAACAAGCAUUUCUGAAAGUUUUAGUUAAUACUCCAAUCACGAUGAGAUAUUUAUUUUCUAUUAUCGAUAUUUGGUUUUGUACCCAGGCCAUUCGGCUCAACAGUUAGCGUUAGUAACCACUUCACCAUCAGGAAUUUAAAACAUAAAUUGACAUAUAUAUUUUGUGAUUCUAAAUUCUAUGAAUUUGGUUAUGCGUUAACUAUACGUAUUAGCUUUAAAAUUGCUUUGAAAAUAUUUUCACUGGGUGAUAUUUUUGCUUGCCCUUAAAAUGAAGUAAAUUAAUAAAUGUAGCUUGUUAUAAAUGAAAAAACACAAUCAUAUCUAAAAAAAUAAUAGGAGCUGCCGUUUUCAUGUAUUUAUCUUUAGCGCAGUGCUUUACUUAUUUAACACAAGUAAGAUGAUCUUAGCCAACACCAAGAGUAUUUGUAUGUGAAUAAAAUUGUUAGUUACUCUAAUAAAAUCUCCUGGGUCUUGCUCAAAGUUCUUUUUCUAUUAAAACCGUCGCAGCCGGAAGGAUAUAAUUCUUAAUUUUCGUAUCCUAUAUUCAGAUUAUGCGAAAUACUGAAAGCACUUCUGAUAACACUUUUAUAAUAAGCAGCGUUCAACUAUAGUGUUAUCACAAGGUCUUUGAAAAAUCCUGCUUAUUCUAUGAUUGUGUCGCUUGGCGUUUUGUAUUCUACGUCCCGUUCUGCCCUGCGAUUAGCUUGCUAAGUGGGAGCAGGGCGGUGUCGGCAGUGCAGGUGCUGUGUGGAUGACCACUGCCCGGGCGCGUGCGGCGACCGUCGAGACGUCUAACCAAUCGCUUCGGUUAUCACAAUGUUGUAUAUUUUAAUCAAAAUGACCUCUAUAUACAGGACGCUCCAAGCCAUGAGGCGCAGAGGGAAAGCACUUUUAAUAACCAGGAGCUCUUUUCCUCUAAGAUUCAUAGACGUGGAACGCCCUAUAUAGUUAAUAUAUAUUUUAAAAAUAGUACAUUUUAGUUUGUAACGCUUAGUAAUUAUUGAUUUACUGUCUAAUAUUCUUUAAAUUACAAAGAAAAUAUUAUAUUAAUUAAUAUUAAUUGUAAGAUAACAAAUGUUCUACCUAAGUAUAUUAUUUCAAAGUUGCGAAUGCUUGUACUUUGACUUGCUUACAUUUUCACACCACAGCAUUAUUUCUGUUCGUUUUCGUUGGAUGUUUGUUUGUUUUCAUCAUAAUAUUUCGUAUUCGAGGGUAUCAAGUACUAAGCCUCACACUAUAAUAGUCUACCAAGUCAAAAGUUCCUUGGAGUCUAUUUCUAAGGUACGGUACUACGGUAUUGAACACGCUACCAACUAGAAUUCCUAUGAUCACAGUAGCUUUACAUUACCAAUAAAUAAUCUACAAUAACUCACAUAAUAUAUAAAUGAUUGAAUUUUUGGGUAUUCUGGCGAAAUGUAAUAAUUUGAUUUAAUUUUCCAACAAUAUUAAUUGAGCUUACUGUUUACAAAACAGAAUUAAUAUUCUUUCUUCGAUUAGAUAUUAUUUGAGUUGGUAAUAAAUAUUGUUACUGUAGGAAAAUUAUUUAAUGUCUUAUUUUGUAAGAGUUUUUGAUGUACCUAGGUAUCUUGUUAACAUUGUGUUAAUUAUUGUUUCUUCCAUAUGAUUUAAGAAAAUGGCAAUAAAGAUAAGCAUAAAACAAUCACUAAA